GCGCGAUACACUUUUCCAGGGUGGCUUGGAGGACUUACGAAUUGCUACUGCCCGAUUGGGGUGGCAGGAUCAAUAUCGCUCCUUGACGCCGCUCCUCACCAACAAACAAUUUCGAGCAAAUUGCUAAAGAUAUCUGUGUUCACAAGCUUCGUUGUAUCAAUCUUUUCCGUAUUGACAAUUCAGGGGCAGACUUACCGCAGCGUUUGGUCGCUUGCUGCUGCGUUCAAGCACCUAGUGACGCUCGCGGCACUGCAGCAAGGUGGCACGUAAUGUGGGAGGCAUCCAUGUGGCCCCUAGGAGAUCCUGAACACUCUUUUCAUUCCACAUCCUGCCCACCACCUGCUUAGGCGAUCCUGCAGGUGCAGACUGUGCAGCACAUUGAAUCCGUCGAUCCACUUCUCUACAAGGAAAACUCCGGUACAGAAUUCUCGAAGAAAACAGUCAAUGGUGCGGUCACUUCGCUACCUCGGUGCUAACUUCUAGGCCGUGUGGGCUGAUAGGAAUGGAUCAACCUCCCUGCUCUGGAACGCAGUCUAGAAAGGCACAGCGCAUCACCUUCCCGAGGCAGACUGGAGUGGCAGCACGAAUAUUCCCCUUUUGACGGAGUCCGAUCCCGUCAUCCAAUGAUGCUCCCUUUCACAGUUCCCAACUCCUCGUUGCGUGAUGAUUGAGGUCCAUGUAUCCAUAUCCCUCCCGAAAGCCCCGUCCGUACCGCGUGCGUGGUUACUGCAGUGUGGCCCCCGUGGAUCGGGUUUCAUCUAUCCAGUUCCUUUCUUCCUAGGUACAGAAUAGAUUAUGAGCCCCCAAUCUGGAGUACUAAAUUGGAACAGCAAGAUGCUUAAAAGAAUCCGCUGAUCCUCUCGCUACUCAAUGUGUCCACCCUCCUGAAGUUUUGUGACUUUCUUCGACUCCCCUCUCACCAUCUGUGCGUCUGCUUGACGCCGCGCAGCCGCGUCAUCCGCCGCAAUGUCUUCGACGUCCAGCACAACGGCCGUCGACCCGGAGCGUGCCAAGGAAAGCAAUACGGCCAUGAUCCUGGCCGUGACGGGGACUUUCCACGCGCUCGCGCUCGUCUUCGUCGUCCUCCGAACGUAUACCCGCGCCGCUAUUGUGAAGACGAUAGGUAUCGACGAUUACAUGAUGAUCAUGUCUGCCCUCUGUGCGCUAGGUGGGGGUAUGGUAAUCUUCAUUAUUCAGGCGUUUUACGGACUCGGCAGACACAAAGACACAAUCAGCAAGCCAGAUCAAGUGUUCUUUUCCAAGGUUGGCUUCUUUCAAUCGAUCAUAUCCGCCAUCGCUGCUCUGGCGUUUCUGAAGAUCUCAAUUGCACUAUCGCUGCUGCGUCUAAGCAAGAACAAGUGGUACUCAAGGUCGCUAUGGGCUUUGAUCGUGUUCGUGGUGCUUUAUACGAUCAUGGCAUGGCUUAGUUUCUUUUUGUAUUGCAGCCCGAUGGAAGGAUAUUGGGACAAGAGCCUCAAGCCAAAGUGCUACAACAUCAAAUUGUUCGUCAACUUUGCGCUAGUCAAUACUGCGUUCAACAUCUUUACCGACGUCUGUUUCGCAUCUCUGCCUAUUCCCAUCAUUUGGGUCUUGCAGAUGAAGUUGCGCACACGGGUGUAUUUAAUUGUUGUACUUAGUCUAGGAUACUUGGCUGUUAUCAUGGGCAUCAUCAAGGCCAUCUAUCAAAUUGCGCAACCAAGCAGCAAAGACGGAACCUUUUACCAAAGUAUCCAAUUCUGGGGUUUCCUCCAACUCAACCUCGGCAUCAUCGCCGCCUGCGCGCCAGCAUUGAAACCCCUCGUCGGCCGCGCCCUCAAGAUCUCAUCGAGCCGCCACUACAACAGCGAUAACCUCUACGAAAACCGAUACCCGACUGGACGAUCCGGUAGAACGGGGAACAUCACCACUGGCACUGCUCGAAGGCAGGGCUACAGGGAACAGGGAAGUCAGGGGGCACCAGACUAUGAACUUGAGGAUGGGCCGUUUUCACCAAGCCCAGAGUUCUACCGUACGACCAUAAAAGGUGGAAACAAUACUCCGGCGGCAGUGGCUGUGUAUCAGAAGAAGAACAGCUUUGGCGACAGGUCGGGGAGUGAAGAGUUGAUCCUGGAGACCGGGCAUGGGUUUGGAGAUAAUAAGGGUAUCAUGAGGACGACGGAAGUUCAUAUCCAGCGUUGAAGACCUGCGGUUAGGGCAGCAC